AUGGAGGAAUACUUACGGAAUAAAUAUCUAAAAAAUGAUGUAGAAAAAAAGAAGAAAAAAAAUAAAAAAGGAAAAAUAAAAAUUCAUGAUAGUGAUGAUGAAAAUGAAAGAUUUAAUAAAAAUAAUAUAAAAAAUAAUAAUUCAGAAGAAUAUAAUUUUAUUGAAUCAGAUUCAAGUUCAGAUAUACCUAUAACUAUUAUGCAAAAUGAUGGUAUGGAUAUAUUAGAUUUGUCUCGUAAAAAUAAAAAAAAAAUUUUACAAGUUUUAAACAAUGAUAUAUCAGUAGAUACUUCUCUUAACGAUGUUGAUAAAAAUCCAGAAAAAAAAAAGAAAAAAAAAAAAGAAAAGGGUUUAAAAAAUUUAAUAAAGAAAGGACAUAUUACUAAACAAUUGAAACAAAGCCAAUAUAAUGAUAUUGAUCAGAAAAAUUAUAAUCAUAAAUUUCAUAAUACUGAGAUGAAGCAUAUCUCAAAACCUUCAUUAAAUAGUAACCAAAAUUAUAAACAAACUAAUCGAACUAGUUCAGAAGAAACACAGCCAACCAAAAAAUGUAAUAACAACCGAGAUAGCAGUUCGGACAUUUCAGUUCCGAGAAGAAAAGGAAAAGAACGAAAUAGCAGUUCGGAUAUUUCGGUUCCGAGAAGAAAAGGAAAAGGGCGAGAUAGCAGUUCGGAUAUUUCGGUUCCAAGAAGAAAAGGGCAAAAACGAGAUAGCAGUUCGGAUAUUUCAGUUCCGAGAAGAAAAGGGCAAAAACGAGAUAGCAGUUCGGAUAUUUCAGUUCCGAGAAGAAAAGGAAAAGAACGAGAUAGCAGUUCGGACAUUUCACUUCCAAGAAGAAAAGGAAAAGAACGAGAUAGCAGUUCGGAUAUUUCGGUUCCAAGAAGAAAAGGAAAAGAACGAGAUAGCAGUUCGGAUAUUUCGGUUCCAAGAAGAAAAGGAAAAGAACGAGAUAGCAGUUCGGAUAUUUCGGUUCCAAGGAAGGAAGCGAAAAGAUCUACUAGUAUGGAUAGUCAAUCAGAAGGAAAGGAUUCGAAUAUUAGUGAAUACUUAUCCGACUUAUCAAAUAAAAAAAACAAUGAAGAGGAAAAUGAAGUAAUAAAAAAUGUUGAUAAAAAUAGUAAUACAAUUUAUAGAGACAAAGAUGGUAAAAUAAUUUCAAGAGAAGAAUGGAUUGAAAAUGUUAAAAAUGAAAAACCAAGAUAUCGACAUGGGGUAGAUGAAAUAAAAGAAAACAAUAAAAAUAAAAAAAAUCGAAAAAGUAAAAAGUAUAAUAAUGAUCAAAAUAUAAAAUUAGAAUGGGGAACUGGGUUAGUACAAAAAGAAAUGCGAGAAAAAAUAAUAGAGGAAAAUAAAAAAUUAGUAAAUAAAAAGAAUAUAAUAAAUUAUGAUUAUGAUAGUGAUUAUGAUCAACAAUUAAAACAAGAUAUAAGAAAAGAAGAUCCAAUGAAUAAAUAUUUAGUACAAUCAAAUCAAGAAAACCAAAAAGCAAAAUGUAGAUAUCAAUCCCCAUACAAUAGAUUUAAUAUUUUAGCAGGAUAUAGAUGGGAUGGUGUAAUAAGAGGAAAUGGUUUUGAACAAAAAAGAUACGAAAUUUUAAAAGAAAAAGAGUUGAAAAAUAGAUUAGCAUAUAUAUAA